AUGACGGACAACGACCUGGCAUCGCUCCAGUCUCGUCGUGUUUCACACGCAAAGACGACGCUCAUGGUGCUCAAUCUAAAUGACGUUACGGUGUCUACAGGAUUAAAGAUAAUGGAGAAGAAGGAGAAGGAGAAAGAGGAGGAGGAGACGAAGCAACUGGACUUGAUUGUAUAUGGAGGUGGAGUUCCUGGUGUUGCAUUAGAUGCCGAUCGAGUGGAUUUACCAGAGUUUACGGGUGUCCGAGAAGGAGGGUAUCGGUCGGUUAACGGCCGACUUGAAUGGGGUUCUCGGACUAGAGCUGGCAACGAUUCGUUGAGACGUCGGAAGGAGAACCAAGACGCUUUCUCCAUAUGUGACGCACUAGGCAAAGACUCGAGUGCCACGUUUUUCUCGGUUUUCGACGGACAUGGACCUCAGGGAGCGUUUGUGAGCCAUUUUGUGAGAGAGCAGUACCAUCAAGCAGUGGCAAAAGCGUACGUUGAGCUGCUAUCGUGCGCGUCAGAUGGGAAAGAGGUUAAUGUUGUGGCCAACACGACGAGCGUCAUGUGUGACAUUGUAGCGAAAAUUUUCCAGCAGGCAGCGCAAAUGGUGGUGCAAAAAUUGGAUGCUAGCGCGAUCGACAUCAGUGUAAGCGGCACUACAGCGGUGGCUAUGCUCGUGUGUGAGAAGGGCUUGUUUAUUGCGAAUCUUGGGGACAGUCGAGCUGUCGUUGCCAGGUAUUCCGAAAACGAGCAGCGCUAUGUUUUACACUGCGAGACAAAGGAUCACAAGCCGAAUAUACCUGAGGAGUGUGCGCGGAUUGAACAGAACAACGGGCGAGUGUUUGAGUGGGGGUCUUACCGAGUGUGGUUGCAGGAUGUAGAUAUGCCUGGGCUGGCGAUGUCGCGGUCAUUUGGUGACUCGGUGGCCAAAACUGUGGGCGUGACUGCCGAACCGGAUGUGACGAUUGUUGAAAAACUAAAGUUUAGCAGCAGUGAAAGGAAAAAUGGUGGUCAUCCUGCCGCGUUUGCGGUGCUAGCCAGCGAUGGUAUAUGGGAAUUCAUGACAACGGACGAGUGCAUUGAUUUUGUUUCUACUUGCAUUAUUGACUGUGGAAGUUCAUCUCAGGAGGCAUGUAACGCCCUUAUCGAGGAAGCUUAUGAUCGAUGGGAUGCCGAAGAAGAUAUGGUGGAUGAUAUCACUGCAGCCGUAGUUUACUUUUGA